GGUCAAAGCUCACGUGUGUGUGCGCGUGCAUGUGUGCGUGCGUGUAUUCGUGCGUGCGCGUGUGUGUUGGUGGGUCGGUCUUGGUUGGACGGGGUCCAGGACAGCGGGGGGGGCCGAGCGAGCAGACCGACGGAACUUCCUUCCUCGCCGACGCGUUUAUAAACGGCGUCCCGCCGCCGAGCGGCUUCAGAUCACCGGACACGGAGCACCGCCGCCGCUCGCGCUUCGUUCACGCCGCCUCCAUGACUCCUUCCGCGCGCACGCUGCUCCUCGGCGCGCUCGUCCUGUGCGCGCUGGGGGACGCGGCCCCGACUCCGCGCGGCCAUUGCGCCGGGAAUCGGUGCUUCGCGUUGUUCCAGGACCCCGAAGACUUUGACGGCGCGCGGAAAGGCUGCCGGGUCUCCGGCGGAGACUUAGUGGACUUAGUGGACGUAGUAGACGAGCGCGUGCUGGAGAUCUUGAGCGUGCACGGUAGUUACUGGGUGUCGAGGAACGACACGCCGGCAGAGACAACCGCAGGUCUCCAGAGCUGCCCGAUCGUCUCCUCGGAUACCGGCGGGUACAAGCCGCUGUGGGAGCCGUGCACGGGCACCCGCCGCGGAUACCUGUGCGCGUACCAGAUCGCGGAGCCGUGCAUGGGCUUGCAGGCAGGCGGAGGCGCGCACGUGAAUUACACCACCCCCAUGGGCUUCAGGGCGGACGGCUCCGAAACGUUUCCACCUGGAACCAUCGCGGUCGAGGUUGGCGGGACUUUUGCGAAUUCGAAGCACGUGUGUUUUUCAGCGGAUUGGAUUCGAGCCCCCUGGACCUGUGAGGUGUUGGGGGGCGGCUGUGAACACAACUGCAGCUCAGAGCCAAAAACCUGCGUCUGCCCAGCGGGGAAAAUCCUCCAUCGCAACAAAAUCUCCUGCACAGCGGAUCCCUGCGAGUCGAACCCGUGCAUGGGCGAGGGCGAGGAGUGCAGGAACACCAAGGAAGGGUUCCAGUGCGUUUGUAGGGACGGCUUCGUUGAAGAGGACGGGGACUGCGUGGACGUCACCAUCUGCGAGAGGUGUGAGCACAUGACGUGCCAAAAGUUCAACAGCGUUUACCGGUGCACGUGCCGGGAGGGGUUCAGGUCGGCGGCCCACGACCCCACCAAGUGCGAGGUGGUCUGCACGGAGAAGGACUGCCCGGCGAUGUGCGACAGGAACAACCAGGACCUGUGCUACUGCCCUGAAGGCUACAUCAAAGUCAAGCACGGCGGCGAGACCAUUUGCACCGCCAUCAGCGACUGCGAGGAGCAGUGCGAUCACCGGUGUGAGACCCUGUCGGGGGGGGGCCGAUGUGUUUGCCACGAGGGGUUCAAGCUGCACGAGGACAUGGCAACGUGCGUGCCAAUCACAGAGGAAGAGGAGGAGGGGUCGGGCGCCACUCCUCUUCCUCUGCUCCCCAACCCAGGCAGCAGUGGCCCCCCCGCGGUGUCCUCUUACAUGAAGACGGGCAGCGUCCUGGGCAUCAGCGUGUUGGCCGCGCUCUGUGCGGCGCUGAUGUACCUCCUGAUCCGAAGCGCGGCCAGGCGGUGUGGCAGGUUACAGAUCUCCUCCAUCAAACGCCAGGACAUGGACAUCUUCUACCUGCAGCAGGUGACCUCGGAGACGUACAAGAGGUUGUCCCUGGACACACAGUCCAGAAGCAACUUUUGAUACUUCUCGCACACGAGGAAGAAUGCUGCUUUAUUUCUUCAUGUCACAUCACACUGUUGAUUUCCUCAGAAGACGUCAGUUUUUCACUGGAAACAUUGUUCUUUAUCUGUAAAGCUGCUCUCACACGUGAUGAGAGGCCAGUGGAAGAGAUCAGAACGCUACGAUUAUAUCAUAAAGAUCACACGUAUUAAGCGGCCUUUGUGUGUCUGCGUGGGUCCUCUCUGGGUACCAUGACCUUCUCCCACAGUCCAGAGAUGCUCUGAGGAUCAGGUGGAUCGGUGUGGAAGGGGAGAGUGAUGGUUGUGUCUCAGCCCAGUGACUGACUGGGAACCAGUCCGGGGUGGACCCCGUCUCUCGCCCGAUGGAUGAAUGAAAAAUGUAUUAAAUUUGUCAGUAGGGAAUUUCAAAGAAUGAGUAGCUGUGGCCUUUUAAUGUUGAAUCCUGUCAUCUGAACAACAGUCUGGAUGUUGGUUUAAAGUGGCCCCUCUAAAGUGGCCCCUGGCCCGGAGUGUGACUCCCUGCUGUCAAAUAGUAUUAGACUGGGUUUGUGAGUGUAAUGGUGGAUCAUUUCCUACACACCUUUGGAAAAGUACCACGUUCCCUCUCCACCAGCACAGUGGCGUGUUGACAGGCUGUUGGUGCACCGUGGCGUCCGUGUGGCGGCUUUGGCCACGAUGUACACACACAAUGUAAACCAUGUCCCUGGAAGACUAGGUUGUCCCUCCACAAGCCGCUUGAUGUCCUGUACACUGUAUCCUGCACUAUAGUCCUUUACUGUAAAGAGAAGACAAAACAUGUGUUUUUUUCCCACGUCCUAUUUUGCACACAUGUAACAUCCCAUAAUACUGUAAAGUGUAUUUGUGAGCAACGGCAGUUGAAUCUCCUGUAAAAUGACCUUUAGUGUAAAUAAUAGGAGCUUUGUUUUUUACACUCCUCUGUGUUUUUGUGUGUGACUGACGUUUGUCAUUUAAUAUGCUGCUUUAACAUUUAGACCAGAGGUUCUCAAACUGUGGGGCGCGACCCUCUGGUGGGGCGCGAGGGGCUGGAGGAAAUGUACAAAAAAAGGUUCAAGUAUUAUUAUUAUUAUUAUUAAUCCCACGUGGGGAAGUGAUUGUGGUUUCACCCUCAGUGAGUAAGGAGCAGUGUGCCGCUGUGAAGCACUGGGCUUCAGUGCCUUGCUCAAGGACACUGAGACACAAACUGUGGAGAGAAGACGAUGGAGCCGCAUGUAAAACAUCACAGCCCUGUUUAGUUACGUCCACUUACUUCUUCUCUUUGACUCAAAGAACGCUGACAAGUUUUAGAUCUGAACUUCACUUUGUUCUGUUGUUAAGUCACAAAAUGUCGUUAUCUCAAUAAAAGUUCAGCAUGGA